AACAUUCAAUGCGAAAAGAAAAAUUCUUGAAGAAUAUAUUCAUUUUUCAUUUUUAACUAUCAGGGAAUUUCAAAUAUAAAAACCUAAUUUAUUCAUCAACGAUAAUAAUUAUGAAAUCAUUGCGAUCGAUUGGUAAUGUUUUGUUAAGAAAUUACUUCGUUACACAACAAAAAUCAUUGCAAAAACAUUCGCAAAAUAUUCGCACUAUCUAUCAAACAAGUCAACAAUUUCGUGCACCACCUCCGCCAUCAUCUACUUCAGACAGUGUUGAUGGUCAGAAAAUUAAAUGCACACUAAUUCCCGGUGAUGGUGUCGGACCUGAACUUGUGGCCUCAGUUAAAGAGGUAUUUUCUGCAAUGGGUGUCCCCAUUGAAUUCGAAGAACUUUUUUUCAGUGAGAUUUAUCCUUCAAUGAGUGUUUCAGUCGAAACUGUAAUUGAAUCAAUACAACGAAAUGGAAUCGCGUUGAAAGGAAUCUUGUCGACACCCUUUAGUAGCUAUGCCGGUGAAUUACAAACGUUAAACAUGAAAUUACGUAAAGAUCUGGAUCUUUAUGCUAAUGUUGUUCAUAUAAAAAGUUUUCCCGGUAUCAAAACAAAGCAUCAUGGUUUAGAUUUCUUUGUUAUCCGUGAACAGACCGAAGGCGAAUAUAGUGCACUCGAACAUGAGAGCGUGCCCGGCGUAAUCGAAUGCAUGAAAAUAAUAACCGAAGAAAAAUCUCGACGUAUUGCAAAAUUUGCUUUCGAUUAUGCUACCAAACAUGGACGAAAAAAAGUUACCUGUGUUCACAAGGCUAACAUUAUGAAACUCGGUGAUGGCUUAUUUUUAAAAUGCUGUGAAGAAACUUCCAAACUUUAUCCACAGAUUGCAUUCGAUUCAAUGAUCAUCGAUAAUACCUGUAUGCAAUUGGUAUCACAUCCGGACAAAUUCGAUGUUAUGGUCAUGCCGAAUCUUUAUGGUAAUAUUAUCGAUAAUCUUGCUUCGGGUUUGGUUGGUGGUGCCGGUAUUGUACCGGGUGCAUCAUAUAGUACUGAUUGUGUUAUCUAUGAACCCGGUGCUCGUCAUACAUUCGGUGAAGCUGUUGGUAAAAAUAUUGCCAAUCCAACCGCCAUGUUAUUAUGUUCAGUAAAAUUAUUAAGACAUGUUCAUCUUCAUGAAUAUGCUGAUCUUAUUCAACGAGCCAUUGCACGUGUUAUCGAAACCGGUAAAGUAAAGACUAGAGAUUUAGGAGGUUACGCAUCGACUACCGAUUAUACAAUGGCAAUUAUUGCUAAUUUAGGCAUACAAUAAUUAAUUUAAA